AUGCGCACACGGCGUAUGCUUCUGCGUGCCACCACAAGGGGCAACAGCGUGUCACUCAAUGCGGUUGUUUUUUUUCUAGAACGAUCCGGCCGGCGCCAUUUUGGGGUGUUGUCUGCCCGUUCGAUCCAGCAACGAAAGAAAGGGCUGCCCGCCCGCCUGCCCACCUCCCUCUGUCCGCUGCCUGCGGGAGCCUCGCCUUGCCCCGAGCUCAGUCGGCGGCGGGGGGCAAGGUCGGGCUCAGCUUUCCUGGCUGGGAAAAAGCCCCCAGAGCCCGCCAGCCCCUGUCCAGUCCUGAGCAUUGUUCUUCCCUCCUCCUCCUCCGCACCCGCCAUUGGCCCCUACCUGGUUCCUUCCGCGAGGUCUUUGCGCCCGGAGCUUGGCCACAUGGAGGCCAGCCAGGAAAACCCACCUGUGCCGGACCCUUCCGGACCCUUCGGCGGCGGCGGCGGCGGCGGCGGGCUCCGCCGUCACCCAGAUGGACAGAGGAUCCCAGGACCCAAAGGCUGCCGAGAUGCUCCCAAGCCACGCGGAGGGGAAAGACCGUCCCCGAGUCAAGCCAGUCCGCGUUUAGCAAGUACCUACUGUGUGCCAAGAAAGGGAACCCCCAAGUCUGCUGGGAGAGGCAACAUGCAAACAAUUAGCUACGGCCAAGAAAAGGAGCGGGCAACUUUCAGAGACUCCGUGUGUCGUCUCCAUCCACUCAGUCAUUUCGGCCAUGCUGAUGCUCCGUGACCCCAUUUGGGCUUUUCUUGGCCAAGACACUGGAAUCCUUUGCCAUU